AAUUGGGAUAUGUGAUUCUGGGAAAGGUGUGGAUUUUCUGAUUGUUAUUGUUUUCAUUAUUUUUAAUUACGUUCAUGGUACAACUUUUUAUUAAUGUAUUACUAUAACUUUAAAAUCUUUUGAUAUGGAGUGCUGUUACUUUGAAUGAUUUCUAUUCAUGGAAAUUACUUUUUUUAAUUUCACAAUGCUUAAAAUCAGUGACGUAUGAUACCAUACUGUUGGUCUCAUAGGCAGAAAUAUCAAAGUACACCCAUUGGAUGUACAGAGGAUAUUAAUAUAUUUUAUUUACAAUAAUUAGUUGUUUUUAGUAUUAUUAAGAUAUAAUUAAAACUUUGUCUUCAUGUUGAACAUGGCACACAAUUUGGCUCCAAGUGUCAAUUGUUCACUUGAUGAUAUUGAUCUCAAUGCUCUUAAGGAUCCAGCUGGAAUAUUUGAACUUAUUGAAGUUGUUGGUAAUGGGACCUAUGGACAAGUAUAUAAGGGGCGACAUACUAAAACUGGACAAUUAGCAGCAAUAAAAGUAAUGGAUGUUACUGAGGAAGAAGAAGAAGAAAUUAAAUUAGAAAUCAAUGUCUUAAAAAAGUAUUCUAAUCAUCGUAAUAUUGCUACAUAUUAUGGAGCUUUUAUAAAAAAGAGUCCACCUGGUAAAGAUGAUCAGUUAUGGCUUGUAAUGGAGUAUUGUGGAGCUGGAUCUGUUACUGACUUAGUGAAAUCGACUAAAGGUCAAUCUCUAAAAGAAGAAUGGAUUGCAUAUAUAUGUCGAGAAAUAUUACGUGGUCUUAGUUACUUACACUCUAAUAAAGUCAUUCAUCGUGAUAUUAAAGGGCAAAAUGUGUUAUUAACUGAUAAUGCUGAAGUCAAACUAGUUGAUUUUGGAGUAAGUGCUCAGUUAGAUCGUACAAUUGGACGUCGAAAUACAUUCAUUGGUACUCCUUAUUGGAUGGCACCUGAAGUUAUUGCAUGUGAAGAAAAUCCAGAUGCUACUUAUGAUAAUAGAAGUGAUUUAUGGAGUUUAGGAAUCACAGCUUUAGAAAUGGCUGAAUCUCAGCCCCCUUUAUGUGAUCUUCACCCAAUGAGAGCUCUAUUUCUUAUCCCCCGAAACUCUCCUCCUAGACUAAAAUCUAAAAAGUGGGCAAAAAAGUUUCACAGUUUUAUUGAGACAGUUCUUGUUAAAGAUUAUCAUCAAAGACCAUAUACAGAUCAGCUUUUAAAGCAUCCAUAUAUUAGAGAUCAACCAACUGAGCGGCAAGUUCGUAUCCAGCUCAAAGAUCAUAUUGAUAGAUGCAAAAAACGAAAGCAAGAAAAAUCUGAAAGAGAAGAUUAUCGUUAUAGUGGCUCUGAAAACGAAGAAGACGAUGAUCAUAAUAUUGCAGGUGAACAACAUUCAUCCAUUGUUCAAGCUCCUGGAGAUAACACAUUAAGGCGAAACUUCCAACAAAUACAAGAAGGAAGAACUUUAACUCCUCAUGGCAAAGAAAAACAUGGUAAAGAAAGAGAAGAAAUUCCAGAACCAGGUCCUCCUUCUCGCCCUCCAAUAAUACCUCAUAGAUUAAUUGUUGUUCCAGAUCCUCAUCCUCCAUCAAGGCCUCUUCCUCCACCUCCUCGGGAUGAUAGACAUUUCCAUGUACAACAACAAUCUCAAAGAAAUUCAAAUGUGUUCCAGCCAAUGGCACAUCAAAAUGGAGGUUCUAAAGUAAUCCCUCAAGCAAUAAUAGAGUCUGAUUCUUCAGAUGAUGAUGAUGAUGAUGACGAUGAUGAUGGAGAUGAUGCUAAUCGUCAAGAUGCACGUCGUGCUCUACAAAGAAGGAAACCAAAUGAUGGGACGUUGUUAGCAAGCGAUCCCCCUAAACCAUUACCAGCUGAUAUAAAUCCUAAUGGUUUAAUGCAUUUAGAAGGAUCAUCAUCUAAUACUGUUGGUGUUAUGGGACCUGGGGGUGCUCCAAACCGCCCACUACCUCCUACACCUGAUGAAGAGAGUGGAGAUAGAACAUUAGUCUUGAGAAGACUUUCUCAACAGAAACCUAUUACAAGCGAUAACAAAAUAGAUGUUGAUGAACAAAAAUUAUUAAAAGACUGGGAUUUUGCAAGAUUUUUUCAAAAGCCAAACAAUACGACUGAUAAUGAUAUUCAACAAUCACAUAAACAAACAUCAAUACCUAGACGUGUUCUUCACAAACCUAAUGGUUCAGAACUUUCACCUGCUACUAAAUUUAUACCCAAUGUGUUCAGAAGAGAGAAUACUGAUUUCUUUGUUCCUUCUUCAAGGCAUUCUGCUGUUUUUCUUGAAAAUAAGCGAUCAGAAAUUCAACCAAGGCGAGGAUCUGAUGCUGGAAAAAAAUCUGUUGAAAGAUCUGAUUCAAUUAAAAAACAGUGGAAACCUACAAGACCUAGAAGAGAAAGAACUGACGGUGAUAUUGUGUUACAAGCUAGCCGACAAAGAUCAACAUCUUCUAGACCAUUUGUUGACAAUAAAUGUUUAGAAGUUGAUAAUAGAUUUUCUCGUGGAAUUGUUGAUAAUGGCAAGAAAGAAAUUGAACAAGAUAAUGGAUUUACCAAAGAUACCAAUCAGAAUCGUGAUGAUCGUCGUAAUGAUUUUCAUAGGCAUGACUUAUCAGGAGGUUCUAGUUCUAGAACUAGUUCAGUGUUACCAGAUCUAUUGUCUCAGGCAUCUUCAAGUCCUGGAACUCCAAAUCAAAGAUUAGAUAAAAGCAAUAGCGAAGAGAUUCAAAACUCCCCAAUCACAAAUUAUUCACUACCACAGAAACAAAGAUCAUUUCUUACAUUUGGUUUUGGAGCUGGUGGUACUGGUACUAGUACAAGCUCUCAAGGUCCAGGACGUCGAGAAUCUCAUGUUAAUGUAAAUGUUACCCCAACUGUUCAUGAUUUAACAUCUGAAACACCAGAGAUACGCAAAUACAAAAAACGAUUCAAUUCAGAGAUUUUGUGUGCAGCUUUGUGGGGUGUAAAUCUUUUAAUUGGCACAGAAACAGGUUUAAUGUUAUUAGAUAGAAGUGGCCAAGGUAAAGUUUAUCAAUUAAUUUCUAGAAGACGCUUCCAACAAAUGGAAGUAUUAGAAGGUCAAAAUAUAUUAGUAACUGUAUCUGGUAAAAAGAACCGAGUUAGAGUAUACUAUUUGUCAUGGUUAAAAUCUAAAAUACUGAGAACUGAUGGGCAAGUAGAACGGAGAAAUGGUUGGAUUAAUGUCGGCGAUUUACAAGGCGCAGUCCAUUUUUGUAUAGUCAAGUAUGAACGUAUUAAGUUUCUGGUCAUAGCACUUAAAGAUAGUAUUGAAAUUUAUGCUUGGGCUCCUAAACCCUAUCAUAAAUUCAUGGCAUUUAAAUCUUUUGGUGAUUUAGUACAUCGUCCUCUAUUAGUUGACUUAACUAUAGAAGAGGGUGCACGAUUGAAAGUAAUCUAUGGUUCAGCUGAUGGAUUUCAUGCUGUAGAUCUAGACUCUGCAUCAGUUUAUGAUAUUUAUCUACCUAAACAUACACAAGGAUCAAUUGCGCCUCAUUGUAUUGUUGUUUUACCAAACUCUAAUGGAUUACAGUUAUUGUUAUGUUAUGACAAUGAAGGUGUAUAUGUUAAUACAUAUGGAAAAGUAUCAAAAAAUAUUAUAUUACAAUGGGGAGAAAUGCCCACCUCAGUUGCCUAUAUAGGCACUGGCCAAAUAAUGGGAUGGGGCAAUAAAGCAAUUGAAAUUCGAAGUGUAGAAACUGGUCAUUUAGACGGUGUCUUCAUGCAUAAAAAAGCCCAGAGACUGAAGUUCCUUUGUGAACGAAAUGAUAAGGUAUUCUUUUCAUCUGCCAAAGGUGGUUCAUGUUGCCAAAUUUACUUUAUGACGCUCAACAAACCUGGUAUGGCUAAUUGGUAGUUUUGUUACUAACAAAUCCAUCUAAAAUUUUACAUCAAGAUAUGGUAAUACAAUAGAAAAUUAAAAUUAAAUUCAUUGUUAUAGAAUAUAAUUAGGUAACAGCUUAUCUUAACAAUAUUUUGAUGUAUUUUCAUAUAAUUAUUGCUUCAAAAAUAAAUAAAAGACUUGACUACCAA